GGAGCUGCACAGACAUGAAUGUCCCCAACCCGUUACUGUGAUUAGUGGUAUUUUUGUAAAUUAUCAUUUUUUAUUCAUCUCUUUUUUCUUUUUUCUUUUUUCAAGAGGAGAGAAGCAGAGCGCAUACUUGAGACCUGAGACAGUCAACUUGUGGAACCGGCUUUGAAAGCGCUGCAUGUGAUGGGUGAAGAGGACAUAAAGGAACGGGGACAAGAACGAAAUUCUUCACGGUCUAGUCUUGCCAGCACUGAGUAACCUGAAAUCAAAUAACCCACGCCAAUCCAACCACCAUGAAUGUCUCCACUUCCCCACACACCAACCGGACUGUCCCGCUGUGCUACUCGAUCAACAGUCCCCCAUUCAAUUACAACCUCACCAUUGCCUCAGCCUACUUUUCAUCCAUCUUCAGCGGUCUGGGCCUCACCUCCAACCUCAUCGCCUUUGUGGUGCUCCUCAAGUCAUUCCAGCGGGCACACAGCCUCUCUCGUUCCUCAUUCCUCAUCUUCCUGUGUGGCCUGGUUGUCACUGAUUUCAUGGGCCUUCUGGUCACAGGUUCCAUUGUGGUCUCUUUCCACAUCACCCACUUCAACUGGCGCGACCUAGACGCACAUUGCCACUUCUGUAACUUCAUGGGCAUGUCCAUGGUCUUCUACGGCCUGUGCCCUCUGCUGCUCGGUGCUUCCAUGGCUGUGGAGCGCUUCGUGGGCAUCAACCGGCCCUUUGCACGCUCAGCCAGUAUGCCCAAGAGACGGGCGGUGUCCAUGGUGCUGAUGGUGUGGACAUUCGCCGGCUGUGUGUCUCUGCUACCCCUGGGGGGUUUAGGCAGCUACCACAUCCAGAUGCCCGGUUCCUGGUGUUUUUUCAACAUCAGUUCUCUGGGCACUGACAUGGUCUUCUCCCUUCUCUUCUCACUGGUGGGGUUGCUGUCAAUCACCGUGUCUUUUGUGCUGAACACGGUGAGCGUGGUGACACUGAUCAAGGUGUGCUGCGGACAGGACAGAAUGCAGCGUCGCCGGGACUACGAGGUGGAGAUGAUGGUGCAGCUCAUCCUGAUCAUGGUCAUUGCCUCCAUCUGCUGGUGCCCCUUUCUGGUGUUUAUUGCACAGACUGUUCUGUCUGGAAGUCGUCUCCAGAUCCGGCUCCUGCUGCUGUGGCUUCGCUUCGUCACCUGGAACCAGAUCCUGGACCCCUGGGUGUACAUCCUCUUUCGCCGGGCCGUUCUCAAGCGCAUCUACCCCCGUUUUGACUGGUCCCGUGGCUCCAUCAUGACCUUGUACCCGUCCUUCAGUGGCACAAUCCGCAGGUUCACCCGCUCUUCACUCGGGAGCAACCUGGGCCACGACGAACCGGGAGGGACAGAGAAGUCAAAUGUAACACCACCAUCUACACUGAAGCUGUCGCCUCCUUCUCCUGACGUCUUGUAUCAAAGUUGUGGCUCAGUUUGACAAGACGGCAGAUUCAGUGACAUCAUUGGAGUUUUGUGUUAAUUUGGAAGGAACUGAAUAGUUUAUCCUGUUGGACAGUGUAUCUGACAAUAGAUGUUUUACAUGGCCAGUACAGGCAUUUAGCCCUGAUGCUGUUAUUCAGAGCAGUUUAUUAUUGAGCAGCAAUUUAGUGCCCAAGAACACUUCAGCAGGAUACAUGGUGGCUGAGGAAUCAAAGAAUACUCUGUCUAACCACGAGGCCAGGCUUCAGGAACCUUUUUUUUUCAGCUGAUACAUUUUUUUCCUGAAGAACCACAACAUGCACCACCACCAGCGCCACCCUCUGCACCUUCCUUCCCCAGGCAUUGUCACAAUGUAACUGGCACUUAUGUUACGAGACACACACACAUACACACAGAUGGCUCCACACACAGUCAUAGGGUUUUUUCACAUCUGUAGCUUGUGUGCUGUGGUUCCAAACAGUGCAUUGUUCAUUUAGUAUGGUGUGGUUUCACACAACAAAGAAUUCAGUUCAACCCAAAUGUAUCAACAAUGCUGGGUUGGAAGGCGGUUGUUUUCUUUUCCUCUCUCACUUUAUUGUACAAACACAUUUUAGCAGUAUAUCAGCAGGCUCUCGGUCAGGUUCUGUUGGGCAGGUUUGAUUGCUCAUUUCACACCUGCCCAUAUAAACUGCACCAAGGUGGUAAAGGUACCAGUUUUAUCCAGUCGGACUAAACAAGUCAGGUGUGAAAACACCUGUAAACCUGAUAUUGAUGGCACAGGGUAUUGAAAUUUGACACCUUAAUGAUACCCAGUCUAAACAAAAUGCCUUACUAUUACUGAUUAUGGGGAGAGUGUCGAGUGUCAUUGGCACCAUGUUUGUAUAUCUUGUAAACGUCAAGCCGCCACAUGCAGCUCACUUGACCACUGCAGGCUCUUGGUUUUCACACCAAAUUGGGCUACUAUGAAAACAGAAUCAACGGUGAAAAAUCCAAGAGGUGCAUUUUUUGUCAGUUUAUAAAACACACCGCCGAAAAGCAAAGUCAAUAGAUAGUGUAAGCCAGUCAUCAUCACAAAAGCAUUGUGGGAACAGGCACCAUGAUCACAGGAUAGGACCCCAGAGGGACUAUCAGUGAGCUCUUUUAUUGCUGUUGUUGUGGUGAGUCCACUUUUCUCAUAUAGUGGUCCCACACUUCCUCUGUGAGCUUGUCUCUGUAAACUUUGUUUCUCUGGAGUGCAAUCUUUACGCAGUUGUUCACUUGAAUCUUUCAGUACUAUUUUUAUUCAGUCAUCACACACAAUACAAUAAUUAGAAAUAUACUGUAUACAAUAUACAAACUAGUAUACAGUUAGUAUAAACCGUCUAGACAGUUUACUGUAAACAAAGGAUUAAGAGUGACACUUAAGUUGUAAAGUAAGCAGAAUCAUAAUGCUUAUUAAUUUAAGUUACCUUCCAAAAAUAAAAAUAAAUAAGACUAGCAGCAUUUAUCACGCUUUCCUUCAAAUAUGGUGUGUAUACCCCACAUUGCAGUGCAUGUCACGUGGGUUCACAUUCUCUAUAGAGCAGGCACACUGGGAGAAAAACAGAGAGAGGCCAGGGCAGGUCAAGCCGUGUAUUUGUGGGAAAGAGACUUUAGUGGUUAUUUUACUGUUUUAGUUCCAUGCUCUUGUGGAAACCAGGUUUCUGUCGGGACCUGGAAGACUUCUGGCAAAGAGCCAGAAAUGGCUCGCGAGCCAUAGUUUCCUGACAA